CGAUGACCAUGCCCGCGGGUCUCUCUUCCUCCCUCGAACCGCCCUCCUCGCUCCUUCUCUUUCCAAAGCAUAACUCCCUCGCAGGUUUUAGCUCCAUCUCUCUACUUUUUUGUCUUCCUAAAAUAUUAUAAUUAUAUAAGGGGGGAGAAAGAGAAUUUGGUUUGGUAUUUGGUUAUAUUGGUGGGGUUGGGAGGGAGGAGCUGUGGAAUGUGGGGCGAUGGAGUUCUGGCCGGAGUUCUUGGCGAGCAGCUGGGGAAAGGAGUUCGUGGCGGGAGGGUUCGGGGGCAUGGCCGGGGUCAUCUCCGGACAUCCCCUCGACACCCUCAGGAUCAGGCUGCAGCAGCCCGCCUCUUCCAUCGACCGCCGCCCCAUCUCCGCCGUCGGGCUCCUCCGCAGCAUCGUCGCGGCGGAGGGCCCGGCGGCGCUUUACCGAGGCAUGGCCGCCCCCCUCGCCUCCGUCACUUUCCAGAAUGCUAUGGUCUUCCAGGUGUUUGCAGUCUUGUCAAGAGCUUUCGAUGCAAACAACAUGAACGAACCUCCAUCAUACAGAAGUGUUGCACUAGCUGGAGUUGGAACAGGUGCUAUUCAGACAUUGCUGUUAAGCCCAGUCGAGCUUGUAAAGAUACAACUUCAACUAAGGAUGAUAGGGAACAAGCGUCAUGGAAGUCCUCGCCUAGGGCCAGUUGGCAUGGCCAAGGAAAUUUUAAGAAAGGAAGGAAUUCGGGGUUUAUACCGAGGCCUGUCCAUCACUGUUCUCCGUGAUGCGCCUUCACAUGGGGUCUACUUCUGGACCUAUGAGAAUGCGAGAGAGCAGCUUCACCCUGGCUGCCGGAAAAGUGGUCAGGAAACCGUGGGAACAAUGCUUUUUGCUGGGGGGUUGGCAGGAGUGGCCAGUUGGGUCUGUUGCUACCCAUUGGAUGUGGUAAAAUCCAGACUUCAGGCACAAUCAGCGCCUCAGGGAGACCAACCACCACCAAAGUACCGUGGCAUUGUUGAUUGCCUUCGGAAGAGUGUGCAAGAAGAAGGCUUAUCUGUGCUGUGGCGCGGAUUGGGAACUGCCGUCACCCGGGCCUUUGUUGUCAAUGGUGCCAUCUUCUCUGCAUAUGAGUUGGCUCUAAGAUACUUGGUUAAUAACAACCAACCAAUCAUGAUGGAGGAGAACUGAGUUUGCUCAUUGCAAGUCAAAAGAGGCCUCCAUUAUACUCAUUUUAGCAUUGCUACAUGACUUCACCUUCGUAUGUUUCUCCAAAUAUAUCAUUACAUGGUUGUUAUUGUGAAUAAGUGGCUCAGAUCAUUUAUUAGUUUGAUUUUAUUCUCAGAUCUUACUGCAGUAUAUUGAACCCCCCUGCUGUGUAAAUUAUUUGGAGAAUUGCUGCACCUCUCAUUUUACAUCCAUGAGAUGUGACAGACUAGGUCUUUCGCAAAAAUCUCCUUCUGUACUGCACGAGCUUUAACAAAAUAGAGGUCCUUCCUCAUUGGAUUGCCACAUACUGAAUACAGGCAGCUGAGUUACAAGGACGGCUUCCAGUCAUUUGCAGUCAUAUGACAUCUUAUAAGAUGUUGAGGUUGCGCCUUAUUUGAGCUAUUUGGACGGGAGCAGUCAUUUAGUUGGAUGGCACACAACUGGUCUUUUAAGAAUUUUCAGAAACUCUUCUGCUUGCAGUACGUUUUCUCGUCUUAGCUAUACCUGAAGCUUUCUGAGGCAUCGAUGCAAAGGCUAAUAGCAAUCCUAAUAUAUAUCUAGGGAAGCUUAAAGCCCUCUCUCAGUUGACUCGCCUGAGGCCUGAAGCUCUUUCUAUACAGCUUAAGACUGCUAAAGCAGAAAAAAAUGAGAAGCCCAGAACUCUCCUUUGUAUCAGUAGACAGACGAGUUGAAAUUUCAGCCAAUACCUGUAACUUGACAAAAUCUGAACCUGUCUGCUGCUAUUAGGACUCGGUUAAUUUUAGGUGGGUUUGGAUUAUGAUGGUGGUCACUGGCCAUAUAUAAGUUAGACCGUUUGUACUGAAUUCUAAUGUUAUCUCUCUAUAUUCAUUUAGAGCUGUUGGAAUCGGUGUCCAUUUGGUUGUCA